CAAGUAUUGAUUUUAUGGCCCCUGGUCCUCGAUCCUUGGGAUUUUAUUCACCAAGUCAUCAGGUGAAAAUGAUCUCGUUCCCUGGAAUUAAUUGGCCCGUAAAGAAAGUAGCUAAUCGUCACACUGCCUUUGAUGAAGGCGUUGCAGUCGCAACAUAUAAUACUCCAAGCGCUCCUGUCGAGGUCAAUGGUGGCACCUUCAAGUCUACACUGGAAGGCUCUACUCUAGACGGUAUAUCAGGACGUGAAGAUGAGUUCUCCAAUUUCAUCAUGAAUAUAAUAACCAAACCCUCGCAUACAUUGGUCAUCAGUGGAAACUCUGAUAUCUGGCUUGGGGCCCUUGGCACUUCACGUAGCAGUGAGCCAAGUGGUGCUGAUUCCUCCAAGACUAUAACUGUCACCCAUCACUUUACGAGGCUUGAACAACCUUCCGAACAUAGAGCAUGUGAGCCUAGUGACAGCUUUGUGACAGCUACCGCCACGUUCGCAGAUUCCGAUGCCUACAAUACCUUGACAACCAAGAGUAAUACUUUCACAAUUGCAGGUUUUGAGGGUUCCGCGAAGCAUUCCUACCUGGCCAAAGCGUUGUGUGCUAUUAGAUCCCCAUUUACACUCCCCAAGCUUGAAACUGUCUAA